AUGGCGCGUGUCGCAAUAGCUGGAGGUAGCAGCUCCACUCUUGGUGUGUCUAUCAUUUCCGCCCUCGAGGCGACUGGCGGUCGCUAUCUUCCGGUCAUCUUGUCCCGAGAACGCAAAUCAAAUCACGCCUCGGAACUCUGGCCUCGCAACCUAGAAGUUCGCCAAGUCGACUACCAUUCGCAUUCAUCGCUUGUGGCUGCCCUGUGCGAUGUCGAAGUGGUCAUCAGUGUCCUCUUGAUACCCGGUCCUGACUGGGUGACGGCUCAAAUAAAUCUGCUUCAUGCGGCGGAAGAAGCAGGCUGUCAUCGCUUUGCCCCUUCUGAGUUUGCUUUAUCGGGCUGGGCACAAGCUAGGGUGGAUAUAUUAGAGGCUAAGAAUGUGGUUUGGCGCGCGGUGCAGUCCUCUGUUGACCUAGGGCGCAUCGAUGCUGCUCGAUUUCCUUGCGGAAUGUUCAUGAACUAUCUCGGAAUUGGCUGCCCAGGUGAUGCAACCCGAACGGAAGCUCUCGCCGGCUUCCAGGAAGGGCCAUAUCUGUUUCACCUUGACAACCGCCACUCACCAUGGGUGGAUGUACCUGUUCGUCAGGAUGGAACGACCCCAAAUUUGACAAUGACGGAUAUCCGAGAUGUGGGCCGGUUUGUCGUUGCCGCUCUAGAUCUACCCGAACCGUGGGCGGGCAGAGAGCUUGGAAUGGCUGGCGAUACUUUGUCUUUUGACGAGCUGGUUGCUCUCUGUCAGAAGCACACCGGCAUGGCAGUAGAAGCUCGCAAGGUCACAGUGGAACAACUGCAAACAAAACUUAAUUCGGUUCCCCCCAUCAGUUUAUCGCCCGUAUGGAGCUUCAGCUGUCCAUCGUCUGUGCCUGUGAUGGGUCUAUAG